ACAGCCGCGGCAGCGCGGACGCGCAGUUUCGAUCUAUCACUCUACAAGCGCCCACUCUCUGCGUUAAACCUGGUUUUAUUCACAACUACGAGCUACAGCAAGUCGAGUCGACUUCGUGAGCUGUUAUAGAGUCUUUAAUAGGCGUGAAACCGUGUCGAUUUGCUCUCUAGCCGGUCCGGUUUUUAUUAUAGAGUUUGGAAGAGUCUAAUUAUUUCAACUAAAACCGACAUAUGUAUUUAUUUCUAUUUUUAUAAGAUCUAUUUUGUGUAAGUUUUUCUCAAGCGACACGGCGCUAUUUGAUUUAGAUUUUCUGGUAGGUUUAGCUAGAAAUGUUCCUCAGGUAGUGUCAAGGUAGACAAGAAGAUACUCGGUUCACAGGAUCCCACAGCGACUAGAUAGUUGCUGUAAACUGUGUAAAAACGGCACUAACACACAGGUGACUGCGGCUCUAAGCUGUCGGAGGACAUGGAAUCCACAAAGGCUGGUGGAGUAAUAGCUUACAUUAGCUCCUCAAGCUCAGCCUCCAGUCCAGAGUCGUGCCACAGCGACUCCUCCAACAGCAGCUAUCAGUCCUGCUCUCCACCCCACGCGGGGCAGGGCCAACAGGGCGAGGCUCUUCCUGUGGCCUCUCAGUCCCGCCCACCACGGCACAGCGGGGGAAAGGCACGAUCGCCCUCCACACCCAAAAGUGGCAUUACAAAGAUUAAUGGUCUGGUGCUGCUUUGUAAAGUGUGUGGAGAUGUGGCGUCAGGAUUUCACUACGGUGUUCACGCCUGUGAGGGAUGUAAGGGUUUCUUCAGGAGGAGCAUUCAGCAGAACAUUCAGUAUAAGAAGUGCCUUAAGAACGAAAGCUGUCCCAUCAUGCGCAUCAACAGGAACCGAUGCCAGCAGUGCCGUUUUAAGAAGUGUCUGCUCGUGGGCAUGUCCAGAGACGCUGUGCGUUUCGGCCGGAUUCCCAAACGAGAGAAGCAGCGCAUGCUGCUCGAGAUGCAGAAUGCCAUGAACAACAUGAUGAACAACAGCCACGGCAACCAGCCUCUGAGCAACCAGACAUCAGCUCCCGAUGGAGCUUCAGAGGACAGCGGCUCCAGCCCUUCCUCCCGUUCCCCAUCCACCUCCCCCAGGAGCAACCGGUCAGAAUCCAGCCCUGACCCCGAGCUGCUGAUUGCCAUGGAUACGAGCCAGAGCUCAGACUCCUCCAGUGCCAUUGACAGCGGGGAGGAGGAGGUCAUCGGCAAAGUCACUAGGGCGCACCAGGAGACGUUCAUGUACAAUCAGGAGCAGGGCGGCGUGCCUUCAGAGGCUCCUAACAACUAUAGCCAUUGCACAGAGAAGACUCAGGAGGUUUGGAACCAGCAGAACAAUACAUCCUCAGAGGGUAAACCGAAGCCACCAUCAGGCUGUGCUCCACAGGGCCCUGAAGACUCAGGACAAGGCCGCAGCACUCUGAGCAGCUGUCCUGUCAGACAGCCCAACAGCAGCUCUGCUGGACAAUCCCUGCAGAACCUCUGUCUGAGAGCUCAUAAUGACAAUGAAACUCAUGUCAGUGGCAGCUGUAGUGUCCCAACAUUUGCAAGGGUUAACAGGAUGCACCUGGUUUGCCCCAUGAACACAUCGCCCUAUGUGGAUCCUCAGAAGUCGGGUCACAGUAUUUGGGAGGAGUUCUCCAUGAGCUUCACCCCGGCUGUCAGAGAGGUGGUGGAAUUUGCAAAGCGCAUCCCAGGAUUCAAAGACCUGUCCCAGCAUGACCAGGUCAGCCUGCUGAAGGCUGGCACUUUUGAGGUGCUGGUGGUGCGCUUUACAUCCCUGUUCGAUGUGAAGGAGCGCACAGUUACAUUUCUGAGUGGCAGGAAGUAUAGCGUGGAGGUUCUGCGCUCGAUGGGUGCCGGUGAUCUCCUCAACUCAAUGUUUGACUUCACCGAGAAGCUUCAAGCUCUAAACCUCAGCGAGGAGGAAAUGAGCCUCUUCACGGCCGUAGUGCUGGUGUCUGCAGAUCGCUCUGGUCUCGAGAACGUCAACUCAGUCGAGGCCCUUCAGGAGACUCUGAUUCGAGCUCUGCGCAGCUUGAUCACCAAGAACCACCCCAACGAGAUCGCCAUCUUCACGAAACUGCUCCUCAAACUGCCGGACCUGCGCUCGCUGAACAACAUGCACUCUGAGCAGCUGUUGGCCUUUAAGGUCCACCCCUGACCACCCACCAACCCCCAUAACUGUGGACCACAACUCCCCCCCCGCCCCAUCCAUCUCCAGAGCCUCCAGGCCUGUUCCUGCGGCCCGUUUAGCCAAUGGGGAGCUUAUUCAAUGCCCCUUUUCUGACACUUCUCCCCAUUACAUUCAAAGCAAUGCUGGUUAAAUAUGGAGGUGGGUGGGGGGGGGAUACUUAAGAAGUCGUUGUACUGUAAAACGCCUCUGUUCGUGCUAACGCACACGACUCGCAGACACAAACUGGAGGGGUUUCGUUGUAGAUGCUUACAAGAGUUUGUAUGAUUACGGGGUUUGUGUGUACACAGAGGCACCUUGAAUUUGUUUUUAGAUUUAUACUGCCUGUGCAAUAAGUGACGAGUUCACUGUUUUUAGAUGUUCCUUGUUGGUCUUUUAAUACUUUCAGAGAAGAGGAAGUAAGGUAUCUUGUGGCCGAAUGAAUGCUGUGUGUUGUUAAGGGGAGAUUAUGAAGGGAUAUUCACACACAUAAGCUUAAAACUAACGAGAAACUAAGUACGCAGAGCACAGUUUGACAUCCUUUCUAAUUUGAAGAAAAGAAAAAACAAAAAGCACCAACUAAGAAAUGGAAGAAUGUGGAACAGGCUGCUAAUCAGAGAUUUCUGGCAGAAAGACACAGGAAUGUUUAAUGGAUAGAUCUAUUUUUGUAGUUUGUUCCUGUCUUAAAAUCUGUAGUUAAGUGCAGAGGAAGCCACUCUCAAGCCUGAAAAAUUAUGUAAGUAUGUGAACGCAAAAGCCUCUUGCUACACAAGCUAAAAUUUGUGGAUGGCUGCAUUCCAAAAUGUGUUAACAUUCUAACACAGCGCGUUGCAUGCUGAUGCAGUAGCAGACAUUGACAAACUGUCUUUUUACAGUCUGUUUCUCUUCCAGGUCAGCUACUGCCAACAGUUUGAAGAGAAUCUUGCUGAGCAAUUAAAAGUUAGUUCAGCUGUUGACACAGUUAUAGCUAGCUACCUGACUAGUGAUGCAUUUGGUUUAUUGCCACAGACCUCUAAAGCUGACUGUUGCCGGCUUGAGAUUCGGUCAGACCGCAGGCUUGGCCAAGCAUUUGCAUUCUUGUUUCUGACUUAGGUCUGCAUAGUGGUGCAUCUGUGUAUAUGUCCUGAUUCGUAGAGCUUUUAGUAAUGACACAGCGCUUGAUGAUGCGAAAUGACGAAAGGAGGAGUAGAAUGCAACACGUUUUGUCACUAGAAGAAUUGUGCAUGCUCCUCCCCGGUAGUGAUGGGACUCAAAGCCAUCCACAGUGUGUGCAUAUAGCUGAGGCCACACCCUAACUGACACCUGCCGGUUUGAUGCAUCUGUAUGAGUGAUAAUUUCAGGCUGAAUAUUUAUGAUGAUUUUUAAUUUCUUUUUGGAGGAAACACUCCCCUUCAAAGAAUUGUAAUCCUGUUCAUUUCUCUUUUCUGAAUGUUGCUUUUUCCUUUUGGCUAAGUCUGGCUAAGUGAAAGUUCUUGUAGAAUUAUUGUGUCUGUGUGAUCAGCUGCAGUAAGCAAAUAGUGCGCAUACUCGAGCGCCGUUGGACCAGACAGGAAGAGGAAACAGGAAAUGGCCCAAAACUCCACCAAGUAACACUGGCAAUGCCUCUCACCAUGCCAGCUCUGGGCAUCUGAACUCUUAUCGGUCGGUUUUGAUAUCAAAGCUGCUGUAGAUGAAUAGACAAGAAAAGAAGUAUCUUGAGUUAUUUUUGGUGUUGGUGUUCCUGUCUCAUUGUUCAGCCUGUGGCUCACUCAGUGUCAUUGUUGUGUUGCCAUAAUCCAGUCUGUCAGUUUUCUUCUGUGAAAGCAUUGUAAGAUAGCUAGAUUUCUAUAUAUAUAUAUAUAAAUAUAUAAUAUAAUUAAAUACAUAUAAAAUAAGAAAAUAAACAGAUAAAUGCUGAACUCAUUCUUUCCAUGCGUUUAGUCAUUUUUGCACCCAUGUCUCACCAGUACAAAUGCAUAGACAAAACCAUUGAUGUCAAAAGGACAGACAUACUAUCAUUUGAAAGUUUGGAAUCUUUAAAAUUAAAGGGAUAGUUUACCUAAAAAUGAAAAUUUGAUGUUUAUCUGCUUACCCCCAGGGCAUCCAAGAUGUAGGUGACUUUGUUUUUUCAGUAGAACACAAACAAAGAUGUUUAACUCAAACCGUUGCAGUCUGUCAGUCAUAUAAUGGCAGUCAAUGGCUUUGAGAAUCAAAAAAAUAUACGGGACAAGUGACGCUGCUUUUUUUGUGUUCAUAUGGUUUAAAUAAAUUUACAAGGGUUAAAAUUUCUAAAUAAAUUGCAUACAUUCUC